UCCUCCUCUGCGUGUUUUCAUAACAAACCACAUAUUUUCUCCCGCCGGGGGCCGCGGAGCGCUCGUCCUGACACCCUGCCAACCUUGUCCGGUUCGUCCAAGUCAAGGCCGCGGAGGAUCUUUAUAACUUGGCCGACAUUUAAAAAAAGAAAUAAUCUAAAAGAGCCGCGCGUGAACGGACUGCAGCAGCCAGAGGGAGACCGCGCUGUCUCUAUUGUCCAAGUCGCGGACGCGUGGUCGCCUGUUGUUUGAUUGAGCCGAUUGCCGCCUUAAACCUGCUGCUGUCGGAUGAUUUAUAGCUGCCAGACACGCUCGUCUGCUGUGUAGGCUGCAAAGAGCUCCGGUAGCAUCAGACAUGGUGAAGCUGACAAAGUCCAAGACAUUCCAGGCUUACCUGGAUUCCUGCCACCGCCGUUACAGCUGUGUGCAUUGCCGCGCCCACCUGGCCAACCAUGACGAUCUUAUCUCCAAGUCUUUCCAAGGCAGUCAAGGCAGAGCCUACCUCUUCAACUCUGUGGUGAACGUCGGCUGUGGUCCAGCGGAGGAGAGGCUGCUGCUCACAGGACUUCACGCUGUGGCCGACAUCUACUGUGAAAACUGUCACACCACACUGGGCUGGAAAUACGAACAAGCCUUUGAACUGAGUCAGAAGUACAAGGAGGGGAAGUACAUCAUCGAGCUGUCCCACAUGAUCAAGGACAAUGGCUGGGACUGAGCGGGCAAAUCUGCUUCUGUCUUUUACAAGAGUUGCAUCCCCCUCGAUUUUAAAAGGGUUCCAGUGUUGCUUCCACAUGUCAAGCCAUCGCUGUGCCACACUUUCACUUUGUUCGGCUUCGCCCAGAAUAGCAUGUGAUAACCUUUAUCCUUUUCUGUUCUUCAUGUUUUUCCAGCGACCACAACAACACAUUUGCUGAUAUCGCUAUCCCAUUUGCUAAUUGUGCUGGGGCAUGAACUGAAUGAGUGCAGGGUUUGUGUGUGUGAAAGGCUGAGAGAUGUAGUCACACAGGAGUGUUUGAGUGACGGAAACACUAUCAGCUGCUGCUAAGCAGUCUCACUGCAUGGAAAUGAGGCCAGUCAAGUCAAUUUGACCACCUUAAAGUUUAGAUGCAGGGAUUUGGGUUUGAAUUCAGAGUGCACUUUUAGAUCAUCGAAGUAAAGUAUUUAGGAUUGUUUAAUCUGUAGAUCAUUUGCAAGUGAUGCAAGGGUUCAGUUUGCUUAGAGCUGUGGGAGUCUAAAGUUUUUUUUGUGUUUUUUUUAAUGGUAAGAUCAUUAACGCUUGUAUAUAUGUGCCAAAGGCAAUCUGGGUUUUGGAUUUUAGAUUAGUUAAGCCUCCCAAUAGCAGCCUGAAAUUCUUAAAAUGAAGUAUGAAUGUCUUCUGAUUGUAGGUAUCCCUUUUAGUGUGUGCUGAGGUGUCCCAGGGUGGACGGUGUUGAAGCAUUAAUAUGGGGUCUGCGUCCCCAGUUCCCACUGCACAGAGGUCUUCACUUUUACUUAAUGCUGAGGAGAUUUAAAGUUUGUUUCUUUUGGGCUAACACUGCUGCCCUCACAGCUGCAUUUACUCAAUCAUGUAAGAGCAACGUGUGGUUAGGAUUAUGUAGCAUAUUUAUGGUGAUUUUUUUAUGUCUGCUUCUUUCAUUAAAGUGUAUAAUUUUAACCUGCUCUUUCAUUAAAAUACUGUGUCUGUA